ACCUGGGACUUCCUUCUCUCUACCUCUGUCUCGAGCUCCUCAGGCUCAGUCGACUACAUCGAACACUCCUUCGUCUGCGGGAUCCUUGCAAGUCGACGACAAACUCAAGAUGCGCUCCUUGACUCAGUCGCCGUCUCUCGGCUACAUCCCUUUCGCUUUUCCUCUGGCAUUCUCGCAAAUGUCUGACACGGAAGAUUCUGACCCGUCUCUCUCGGGUGAUACAUCUCUCAGCUCAAGCGGCGCCAGCUCAGUCGAUGCUCUGGCAGGCUCCCAGGCUCUCAUUGGCACUCAGGUCAGCUACCCGACGAUGUACUCUGAACACUUCGUCCCCACCGUUCCGACUCUGCCGCCGGACCACACCCAACCCAAUCCCGCAGAUGCGGAGAGUCAACGCAGCUCGAACAUGCUCUACCUCUCGCAGCUGCUCCUCGAUGCCACCAACGCGCACGUCCCGCAGCUGGCUUCUAGUCCCUCUGGCGACUCUGAAUACCUCUCUGGCCUCUUGCCGCUGUCGUUCGCGCCUUCGCUUCAGUCGCACUCGACCUCUGUGCUGGGCACUGUUAGCACGAAUCCCGCCGGGCGACGCACGGACUACAUGUGGUACCCCCCGCCGCCGGUGGCGUUCAAGGCACGAGUGACGGACUUGGCGCUGUUGACAAAGAGGAUACGGGCGACGUACGAGGAAAAUGCCGGCGACAGUAGUGUCACAGGUAGGUAGAGGACAGAACCGACCUGGUCUACGACAGUCUGGCAUUGUGUUGACAUGACUGACAUACACCGCGCUCUCUUCGCUGUCAGGCUCUGUGACUGAAGAGCGUGGCAAGAGCGCAUCGAACACGUCUCGCCAGCCAUAUGUAAAAGAUG